UUGGUCUUAUAUUCGGACAUGCUGUCGUUUUUUAACCGUGUCCCUAUUGUUAACCACGCUACUUUGAAUAUUGGGUCUGAAAUCACAUGUAAGUGUGACUUCAAAACAACAUCAGCUCUGUUUAACUGACUGUAAACAAUGCUGUACUUUAAUACUCAUUGGCUGCUAAUGUGAUUUCCUGUAUAAUUAGCAAAGAAUACUUUUCUGAAAUAUUAUCAAGAAUAUUAAACCAACUUUACCUCAGUGAUUUAAGGGACUACAUUGCAACGCGACCUUUGGACGAAUUAUAUUCAGCACAAAGCCUGAUAUCGUCUUCGUAUCCUCAUUUGCCGCUCAUCCAGCAUGACUUCAUGGACUUUAUUAGUGUUUCUCCUGCUGUGUGGAGUAGAUGUCGGCUGGUCUGGCAAAGUUUUGGUGAUGCCAGGCGAGUACAGUCACUGGCACAACAUGCGGGCGAUCAUUGAAGCUCUGGUCGAUCACAACCACAGUGUGACGGUUCUAGUCGGGUCUUCAUCUCCUACAGUACCGCACACACAUAAGGCGCGCUUUGAUUACCACGUCUUUAAAGUCAACAUGGAGAAAGAAAUGAUCGACUUUUUGUGGAUUCACUUCCACGAGCUCUGGAUGAACGAAACAAUCAGCACAUACGAGAAAACACUUGAGGUCUGGCGAAUGAUGUCCUUAUUCAGGGCGCACAGUGAGGAACUAGUCAAAGGCUUGUUUGAUGUUGAUCUUCUAAAGACGCUUCGGGAUUCUAACUAUGACGUGCUCUUUUCUGAUCUGACGAUGCCGUUCUCUGACCUGAUGGCGCAGAAGCUGAACAUCCCGCACGUUCUGUCCAUGCGGAUAUCUUUCGCUUCUGCAUUAGAGAGUCUGUGUGGUCAGAUGCCUGUUCCUCCAUCAUAUGUUCCCGCAGCUGUUUCUCAGGGUCAUCUGACUGACCGCAUGAGCUUCACGGAGAGAGUUGAAAACAUGCUGCUCUACAUCACACACACGGCGAUGUUCCAGCUGACCACGAAGUUUACUUUUGAUCACAUCUACACUGAAAUAGCGGGUGAACCCACAACUAUGUGUGAGACCAUUGGAAAAACUGACAUCUGGUUAAUAAGAACGUACUGGGAUUUCGAGUAUCCGCGUCCAUUCCCGCCUAAUUUUAAGUUUGUUGGGGGACUGCAGUGCAAACCUGCUAAACCCCUUCCGAAGGAACUGGAGGAGUUUGUGCAGAGUUCUGGAGAUCACGGCAUUGUUGUUUUCUCAUUGGGCUCCAUGAUCAAAAACCUGACCAUGCAAAAAGCAAACACUAUUGCUUCUGCUCUGGGUCAGAUCCCACAAAAGGUUGUUUGGCGCUACAGUGGGAAAACUCCAGAAACACUGGCUCCCAAUACAAAACUGUUCGACUGGAUCCCACAGAAUGAUUUGCUUGGUCAUCCAAAAACGAAGGCUUUCAUUGCACAUGGUGGUACAAAUGGACUGUAUGAGGCUAUUUAUCAUGGUGUCCCGGUGGUGGGUUUGCCGCUGUUUGGAGAUCAGCCUGAUAACUUAAUGCACUUGAAAAGCAAAGGAGCUGCUGUAGUCCUUGAUUUCUUCACAUUGGAGUCCACAGAUCUGGUGGAUGCUCUCAAGACUGUCUUAAAUAACCCAUCGUACAAGGAGAGCAUCAUGAGGCUGUCCAGAAUCCAUCACGAUCAGCCGAUGAAGCCGCUGGAUCAGGCCGUUUACUGGAUUGAGUUUGUGAUGCGGAAUAAAGGAGCCAAACAUCUCCGAGUUCAGGCGCAUGAGCUGAGCUGGUAUCAGUACCACUGUCUGGAUGUAGCGGCCUUCUUACUCUCCAUCGCUGCUCUGAUCACAUUCCUCUGGGUUAAAACGUGCGGCUUCCUUUACCGCAAAUGUUUCAGGAAGACCCGUCCUGAGAGGAACACUAAAAAGAGUAAAAAGGAGUGAAUGCAAACGUAGGUUACCAAUAAAUAAUGAUGCAGUCAUGUGCGUCCGCA